AUGUGUGGGAUACUUGCUGUUCUGGGUUGUUCUGAUGACUCUCAGGCCAAGAGGGUUCGCGUUCUGGAGCUUUCCCGCAGAUUGAAGCACCGUGGCCCUGACUGGAGUGGAAUCUACCAGCAUGGAGAUUUUUACUUGGCUCAUCAACGGCUUGCCAUCAUUGAUCCUGCUUCUGGAGAUCAGCCUCUUUUCAAUGAAGACAAGACGGUCGCUGUCACGGUCAAUGGUGAGAUUUACAACCAUGAAGAACUGAGGAAGCGCUUGCACAAUCACAAGUUUCGGACUGGGAGUGAUUGCGAUGUUAUAGCCCAUCUGUACGAGGAGUAUGGAGAAGACUUCAUUGACAUGUUGGACGGCAUGUUCUCUUUCGUGCUGCUGGACACCCGCGACAACAGUUUCAUUGUUGCACGUGAUGCCAUCGGGAUUACUUCUCUGUAUAUUGGCUGGGGUUUAGAUGGCUCAGUUUGGAUAUCAUCAGAACUGAAAGGUUUAAAUGAUGAUUGUGAACACUUUGAAUUUUUCCCACCGGGUCACUUGUACUCCAGCAAGUCAGGAGGACUCAGGAGAUGGUACAAUCCUCCGUGGUUCUCUGAGGCUAUUCCAUCAACUCCAUACGAUCCUCUUGCUCUUCGACGAGCAUUUGAAAAUGCUGUGAUCAAAAGGCUGAUGACUGAUGUGCCUUUCGGAGUUCUUCUAUCUGGAGGCUUGGAUUCCUCGUUAGUUGCUUCAAUCACUGCUCGCCAUUUGUCUGGAACAAAGGCUGCGAAGCAUUGGGGAACUCAGCUCCAUUCCUUCUGCGUUGGCCUUGAGGGUUCACCAGAUUUGAAGGCUGCAAAAGAAGUUGCAGAUUAUUUGGGUACUGUCCACCAUGAAUUUCACUUCACUGUUCAGGAUGGUAUUGAUGCCAUCGAAGAUGUUAUAUACCAUAUUGAAACUUACGAUGUGACAACAAUCCGGGCAAGCACUCCCAUGUUUCUUAUGUCUCGGAAGAUCAAGUCCUUAGGAGUGAAGAUGGUUAUUUCUGGGGAAGGCUCUGAUGAGAUUUUUGGGGGUUAUCUCUACUUUCACAAGGCACCAAACAAGGAUGAAUUCCACCGCGAAACAUGCCGCAAGAUCAAGGCUCUUCAUCAGUAUGACUGCUUGAGAGCUAACAAAUCAACAUCAGCCUGGGGAUUAGAGGCUAGAGUCCCAUUCUUGGACAAAGAAUUUAUCAGCACUGCCAUGGCUAUUGAUCCUGAGUGGAAAAUGAUUAAACCAGAAGAAGGACGGAUUGAGAAAUGGGUUCUUAGGAGGGCCUUCGAUGAUGCAGAGCGUCCAUAUCUGCCAAAGCAUAUUCUGUACAGGCAAAAAGAACAAUUCAGUGAUGGAGUUGGGUAUAGCUGGAUCGAUGGCCUCAAGGCUCAUGCUGCACAACAUGUGACUGAUAAGAUGAUGACCAAUGCUGCAAACAUCUUCCCUCACAACACUCCAACCACAAAAGAGGCUUACUAUUAUAGAAUGAUCUUUGAGAGGUUUUUCCCUCAGAAUUCGGCCAGGCUGACGGUUCCCGGAGGAGCAAGUGUAGCCUGCAGCACAGCAAAGGCUGUAGAAUGGGAUGCUGCCUGGAAAAACAAUCUUGACCCCUCUGGUAGGGCUGCGUUGGGAGUCCAUCUCUCAGCGUAUGAUGAUCAGGCGACCUCAGGACUCAUGGGUCCGAACAUCAUCAACGACAUUCCCCGGAUCAUGGAAGUGAGUCCAGGAGUAGCUAUACAGACCUAAAAAUUGAUCCGGGUGCUUCUGUGCAAGCGUGAGAGUUGUUGAUUUGACUCAGGGUAUAUAUUUUAUAUAUGGAUUUAAUCCAAAACUUUUAGAUCCGUUGCUGUGUAAGUUCAUGUUAGGUGCUGUGAACAUGUUUAGGAAGUGAAAAAAUGUGGGGGUGGGUUGGAAACUCUGUUGUUCCUGCUGCCAUUGCCUUGUAGUUUUAGUACAAGGUUUUGAUGUGCUUUCUCUAAGUUCUGUACUUACUUAUCAAUGAAUGAGUAAAUUUCCUUUAUCUCUA